AUGAGAUUGCCCCUACUGUGGAAGAGUGUAGUGCGCUUGUGCAAGCUCAGGAGAUAUAAAGAUGCCAUUGAAUUGCUUGAUAAAGGAGCUCUCCCUGAUGGAGAUUGUUUCUCUUCGCUGUUCGAAUCUGCUGAAAUCACAAAGAAGGGACCCGUUUCUGUUCUGCAUGAGAUUGAUGAAGAGGCUAAAGAACAAGCACUACUCUACCAUGGCGAGAGAUUAGCGAUUGCUUGUGGUAUCAUAAGCACCCCAGCUCGGAAACCUCAAAGUCAGCAAGAAUAUCCGUGUGUGUGUGUGUGGACUGUCACAACUUUAUCAAGAUCAUGUCCAAAAUCAUUGGUAGGGAGUUGA